GCUACAGAAGGUUACAAGGAGUACAACGUGAAGAUGAGUUCAGACAAAUAUAACUGUGAUAUUGAAGGGAUAUGUGGACUGUCUGGUGGAGAGAUUGUUAUUACAGACCCAAAAAACAGUAAAGUGAAACUCCUGGACCAGGAGUACAGGGUUGUCGACCACUGUGAUGUUCCUAAGUAUCCAUUUGACGUGUGCCACAUUGGCGGGAAUGAGGUUGCGCUUUGUGUUAACAAUGAUGAUAGACAUGAACUUCAUUUCAUUAACAUUACAAAAGGGAAACUUGUGACUACGAGAAAGUUAAGUUUCUCACAUGAAUGUUACGGCGCAGCUCAUCACGGGAACAACCUUUACAUUUCAUCACUCACCGCGCUGUACGUCUAUACGAUGACGGGGAAGCAGGUGAAGAAGCUGUACGAGGAUAAGACCGUUGAUGACACGGUGGUGAGAAUUGCCAUCAGUAACGACGGGAAGACUAUCUACAUCACAAACUUCUCAAACGAUCAACUUAUCACCCUGGACAACCUCGGCAACAAGCUGGCCACAUUCACUGAUCCUGACUUGAGGGGACCUUGGGGAGUACACGUGACAACUGCUGGACACGUGUUCGUCUGCUGCUAUAAUUCCGACACAGUGCUGCAGGUUGACAAGGACGGGAAGACGAAGUUGGCCACACUGGCAAGGAAACAAGACGGAGUGCACUACCCUCGAGCUGUGUACUCCAGCAGUCGUACUUCCUCCCUGGUUGUCGGCGGAUACAAAGACACGCUUCUCGUUAUCAACGUACGAUAAACAAUAACAAUAGAUUCACUUACAAGUAACGAAAGAGAUCAUUAUUAUAACUGUUUUUUUUUUAACUUAAACAUUUUGUGUUAGUAUUAGUUAACACGGAUAAAGAUUGUUCACUUUAACACACGAGUCAUAUUUGCUUUAACAUACAUAUACAUUUAUAUGUUACGUAUUACGCUUGCUUUUUGCUACAACGUUAUAAUGUUGAUCGUGCGCAUUUUAUUCAACUAUAUCAAUCUUGAUUUCAAAAUGUUAUUCACAUAUGUUAUAUAUCUAG